GAAAGGCAAGAGGGAGGAGGAGAAAAAAAAAAAAAAAAAAAAGAGAACCUGCUCUUAGAGCAGCCUCUGUCCUGCCAGAGUGGCUUCAGCUCUGUGUUUCUGUGAAGCUGUGUGUAUGAGUGAGUGUCUGUGAGCUGAAGCCAUGUCAGACCCCAGGGACAUCGACGAGGAUGCCAUCCUCAAGGGGCUCAGCGCCGAGGAGCUGGACAAGCUGGAGUAUGAGCUGCAGGAGAUGGACCCAGAGAAUGCCAUGCUGCCGGCUGGUAUGCGGCAGCGAGACCAAACGAAGAAGAGCCCGACGGGGCCCUUCGACCGAGACGCCCUGGUCCAGUACCUGGAGAAGGAGGCUUUGGAGUGUGAGGACAGGGACGACCUGGUGCCCUUCACCGGGGAGAAGAAAGGAAAGGCAUUCAUUGCAAAGAAAAGAGAAAUCCCGAAGCAUGAGCAGAUCACCUUGGAGCCGGAGCUGGAGGAGGCUCUGAAAAACGCCACCGACGCAGAGAUGUGUGACAUCGCAGCCAUCCUUGGAAUGUACACACUAAUGAGCAACAAGCAGUACUACGACGCUCUGGGCACCACAGGGACAAUCGCCAACACCGAGGGCAUCAACAGUGUUGUGAAACCAGAUCCAUUCAAGUUCUUUCCUGAGGAGCCUCCAAACCCCACUAAUGUGGAGGAGACCCUGGAGAGAAUCCUGAACAACGACAGCUCCCUGAUUGAGGUCAACCUUAACAACAUCAAGGACAUUCCCAUACCAACACUGAAAGAGAUUUUCGAGGCAAUGAAGGGAAACUCUCACGUUGAAUUUUUAAGCAUUGCUGCGACACGUAGCAACGACCCUGUGGCCUACGCUUGUGCUGAGAUGCUACAGGAGAACACCAGCUUGCAGAGUCUUAAUAUCGAGUCCAACUUCAUCACUUCAGAUGGCAUGAUGGCCAUCAUCAAAGCCAUGGCUAACAACGCCACACUGGUCGAGUUUAAGAUAGACAACCAGAGGCAGAAACUUGGCGACACAGUUGAGAUGGAGAUCGCUUCCAUGUUGGAGAACAAUUCCAGCAUCCUCAAGUUUGGCUACCACUUUAACCAGCAAGGUCCUCGUGCCAGAGCCGCCAUGGCUAUCACAAGAAACAACGACAUGAUUCGCCAACAGAGGCUGAGAUGAAGCAAAAGCAAGAAUUAUUUCUGCUCCAUGGAAACCUGCAAAAACCGCUGAUGGUCCUGUGUCAACCGGCUUUCUGCGCUGAACAGAACAUCCCAAAAUAAUCACGGAGGAAACCAUUUCUAACGCUCAAUCGCAACCAUUUCUAUUUCUGCAACAAGCUUUGACAUGCUAUAUUCAUCAUAAAGGCAUGCCUAGGCAACAAGCAAAA